AUGUACCAAGAUGAUUUGGAUUGCGGUAAAUUAGCUGCAAUCGGAGAAAUAAAAACAUGGCAACAAAAAUUUUUACAGACACAAGUUUUUCCAAAAAAUGCCCUUGACGCUCUUCAAGAAUGUAAUGAAACAAUUUUCCCAUCAACUUUUAAAUUGCUUCAAAUCUUAGCAACCCUUCCAGUUACUACUGCCAGUAGUGAAAGGUCUUUUCCUACAUUGAAACGACUGAAGACUUAUUUGCGGAACACGACUUGCGAAAAUAGAUUAAAUGGUUUGGCACUUUUGAAUAUUUAUAGAGAAAUAAUAUUACAGCCGGAAGACGUUUUGAAUAAAUUAGACAUAAAAACAAGAAGAAUACGUUUGAUGUAG